CUCUGGUUGUCAAGAAGAUGGCAGCUUCCAGGCAGGCAUGAGAGGAAAUACUUCUUCACAAAUCGAAUGAAUCUGGAUUAUUACCGCACGAUCAGACCACAUACCCGUGUUUUUGCAAUCGCCGCAUCGAAAUAAAAGUCAUGUCUGCCCCUGGCUCCGCGGUGUCUGGGACCACGGCGUCGGUUCUGCAGCCGAGAUGGAAGCGGGUCCUCGGGUGGUCCGGUCCCGUCCCCCGGCCCAGACAUGGACACCGAGCUGUGGCCAUCAAGGAGCUUAUGGUUGUAUUUGGCGGCGGAAACGAAGGGAUUGUUGAUGAAUUGCAUGUCUACAACACAGCAACAAACCAGUGGUUCAUCCCAGCGGUCCGCGGUGAUAUCCCUCCUGGCUGUGCUGCGUACGGUUUCGUCUGUGAUGGCACACGGUUGCUGGUGUUUGGAGGGAUGGUGGAGUAUGGAAAGUACAGCAAUGAUCUCUAUGAAUUACAGGCAAGCAGAUGGGAAUGGAAGAAGUUAAAAGCAAAGAACCCGAAGAAUGGCCCCCCUCCUUGUCCUCGCCUCGGCCACAGCUUUUCCCUGGUUGGCAACAAAUGCUACCUGUUUGGUGGAUUAGCCAACGACAGUGAAGACCCAAAAAACAACAUUCCCAGAUACCUGAAUGAUCUUUACACACUGGAGCUUCGUGCGGGGUCCAGUGUAGUCGGAUGGGAUAUUCCAAUCACAUACGGAGUCCUGCCUCCUCCUCGUGAGAGUCACACUGCAGUGGUAUACACAGAAAAGACAAGCAGGAAAUCUCGCUUGAUAAUCUAUGGAGGAAUGAGCGGCUGUCGCCUUGGAGAUUUAUGGACUCUUGAUAUCGACACCUUGACAUGGAAUAAACCCUCAGUAAGCGGCACAGCACCACUUCCACGAAGUCUCCACUCUGCCACCACCAUCACAAACAAGAUGUACGUUUUUGGAGGAUGGGUUCCUUUGGUCAUGGACGAUGUCAAAGUGGCCACACAUGAGAAAGAGUGGAAAUGCACAAACACUCUUGCCUGCCUAAAUCUUGACUCCAUGUGUUGGGAAACUGUGUUGAUGGACACUCUAGAAGACAACAUCCCGAGGGCCCGCGCCGGCCACUGCGCCGUGGCCAUCAAUUCUAGACUCUACGUUUGGAGCGGUCGUGAUGGUUAUCGAAAAGCUUGGAACAACCAAGUCUGUUGUAAAGACCUGUGGUACCUGGAAACAGAGCGGCCACACGCCCCGGCCAGGGUGCAGUUAGUCCGUGCCAACACAAACUCUCUGGAGGUGAGCUGGGGUGCCGUCUCCACGGCAGACACCUACUUGUUGCAGCUGCAGAAGUACGACAUCCCUGCAACCCCAGCAGCUGCCUCGCCAGCCAUGAGUGCAACGCCAUCGCAGCCCGUUAACUCCCCAAAGAGCCCCGCGCCGGCCGCCGCAGCACCGUCUGCUCAGAGCUUACCACAGACAGCUGUGUUAAAGGUUGCAGCCCAGCAGUCGGCAACAGGAGCAUCUGUUGUCACAGUGCGACCCAGCCAGCCAGGAAAAUCCCCCGUCACUGUGACAUCCCUUCCUCCGGGUGUUCGAAUGGUAGUGCCUGCCCAAACCACCCAAGGAUCGCCAAUCGGAAGCAGCCCUCAGAUGAGUGGCAUGGCAGCUUUAGCCGCUGCAGCCGCAGCAACGCAGAAAAUCCCGCCCCCACCUUCCUCUGCAGGCACUGUGCUCAACGUUCCUGCAGGUGCCACCAUCCUCAAAACAGUAGCAGUUUCCCCCGGAACAACCACAGUGAAGGUGGCUUCUCCAGUCAUGGUCAGUAAUCCGGCCACCCGCAUGCUGAAGACGGCUGCAGCUCAGGUGGGCACGGCCACGGCCUCCUCUCCCACCACCACCAGACCCAUCAUCACUGUGCACAAGUCUGGCGCCGUCACAGUGGCUCAGCAGGCCCAGGUGGUCACCACUGUGGUGGGCGGAGUCACCAAGACUAUCACGUUGGUCAAGAGCCCCCUCACCAUGGGCGGCAGUGGGACUCUGAUCUCCAACCUUGGCAAGAUGAUGUCUGUGGUACAAACCAAGCCAGUGCAGACAUCAGCUGUCACAGGCCAGGCUUCCACUAACCCUCUCACACAGAUCAUACAGACAAAGGGUCCUCUCCCUGCCGGAACAAUCCUGAAGCUGGUCACUUCUGCUGACGGCAAGCCCACGACCAUCAUCACCACCUCGCAGGCAGGAGGCACAGGAAACAAGCCCACCAUCCUCAACAUCAGUGGCGUCUCUCCGGCCACCACUAAGCAGGGCACCACCAUCAUUAAGACCAUCCCAAUGUCCGCCAUCAUGACCCAGCCCGGAGCUACAGGUGUGACCAGCAGUGCAGGCAUGAAAACGCCCAUUACAAUCCUUACUACAAAAGUAAUGACCACUGGAACUCCUGGUAAAAUCAUCACUGCGGUGCCGAAACUCGCCACUGCAGCCGGCCAGCAGGGACUCACACAGGUGGUCUUGAAGGGGGCUCCUGGCCAGCCCGGCACUAUUCUGCGCACCGUGCCCAUGAGCACCGUGGGUGGUGUUCGUCUUGUUACGCCGGUGACCGUGUCCGCUGUGAAGCCCACCGUCACCACUCUGGUUGUCAAGGGAACUACUGGUGUCACCACUCUUGGCACAGUCACCGGUACAGUCUCCACCAGCUUGGCAGGAGGCACCGUGGACAGCUCCAACGCCUCUCUGGUUACUCCCAUCACCACACUGGGAACCAUUGCUACCUUGUCCAGUCAGGUCAUCAGCCCAUCUGCCAUAACUGUGUCAGCUGCCCAGACGAGUCUGACCUCCGCCUCCACACUGCCCACCUCCACAAUUACAGUGCAGAACCAGCCCACACAAGUGACGCUGAUCACAACUCCCAGUGGCGUCGAGGCUCAGCCAGUGCAGGAUCUACCGGUAUCCAUCCUGGCGUCACCAACGUCCGAGCAGCCCAGCUCCACCGAGGCUGGCGCAGCAGGCGAGGGCUCAGGAACUGUGACCCUGGUGUGCUCCAACCCGCCCUGCGAGACUCACGAGACGGGCACCACCAACACCGCCACCACCUCCUCCGCCACCAUCGGAGCGGGACAGGUGUGCUCCAACCCGCCGUGCGAAACUCACGAGACGGGCACCACCAACACCGCCACCACCUCCUCCGCCGCGAUGGGCGCCGGGCAGGUGUGUUCAAACCCCCCGUGCGAGACCCACGAGACGGGAACCACCAACACAGCCACGACCGCAUCUUCCAACAUGUCUGCCCUGCGCAUGUGCUCCAACCCGCCGUGCGAGACUCACGAAACGGGGACAACGAACACGGCCACCACGGUGUCGUCCAACACGCAGGGCGUCCAGCAGGUGUGCUCUAACCCGCCCUGCGAGACCCACGUAACGGGCACCACCAACACGGCCACCCAGGCUUCCUCCAACAUGAACGCAGGCCAGACGGGCACCGUGCAGAGAGUGUGCUCCAACCCGCCCUGCGAAACCCACGAGACGGGGACCACCAACACUCCGUCCACGGCCACCUCCAGCAUGGGGGCGGACCAGACCAGCACGGCGACGGGCACCGUCCAGAGGGUUUGCUCCAACCCGCCCUGUGAAACGCACGAGACCGGGACCACCAACACAGCCACCACUGCCACCUGCAGCAUGGAGACGGGGGAAGGCACGGCAGCCCAGCAGACGGAAGAAGGAGCAGAAGGCACCAGCAGCACGGAAGUGGCCUCAACAACUGCAGCAGCUGGCAUGGCUACCACCACCCAGGGCAGGGCCAUUACCACCGUCACCCAGUCGACACCGGCCCCAGGACCCUCCGUACCUUCGAUCUCCUCGAUCACAGAGGGAGUGAGCACGGCCGUCAGCUCCACAGAAGAACCCAUGCAAACCGAUGAAGCGGCGUCGGCAGAAGCUGCUCCCGCAGAGGAGGCUGCUACUGCCAUGGAAACACAAGCAGAGGGAGAAGCGGCAGCAGCGGCAGCCUUGAAUCUGCCGUCGGAGCUUAUGUCUGAAGGCCAGGGAGCCACGCUAAUGGUGACGGGCCUGUCGGACGAGGAGCUGGCCGUGACGGCGGCGGCAGAGGCAGCCGCUCAGGCGGCGGCCACAGAAGAGGCCCAGGCUCUGGCCAUUCAGGCUGUCCUCCAGGCAGCUCAGCACGCCGUGAUGAAUGAGAGCGAUGCCGCCGGGGAGAGCCAGCAAACCACAAACAUCCCCAUCAUGCUGACCCAGCAGGAGCUGGCCGCGCUGGUCCAGCAGCAGCAGCAGCUGCAGGAGGCUCAAGCCGCGGCGCAGCAGGCCACCGUGGACACCAGCCUGCCCACCGAGGGCCUCGCGCCCGCCGACAGCCUCAACGACCCGUCCGUCGAGAGCAACGGACACAAUGAAAUGGCGGCCUCAGUCACCAGCGCAGUGGCCUCUCUCCUGCCACGUACCACUGGUGAGACACUCGCUCCAUCGAGUACGUUUGCACCCUCUGUAUCGGUGGCCAGUCCGGCCAAGCUGCAGGCAGCGGCUGCCCUCGCCGAGGUCGCCAACGGCAUCGAGGGAGAGAAACAAGCUCCUCAGCCGACCCCCGUGAAGCCUGUCGUCAAGAAAGAAAACCAGUGGUUUGACGUUGGAAUUGUUAAAGUGACAAAUAUGGUCGUCACCCACUUCUUCGUGCCAGCAGACGAUUCUCAAGGAGAUGAUGACUCUGGCAACAUGCCAGACUACAGCCAGAUGAAGAAAAUGGAGCUGCAGCCUGGAACCGCCUACAAGUUCCGCGUGGCUGGAAUCAACGCCUGCGGGCGCGGAGCGUUCUCAGAGAUCUCUGCGUUCAAGACCUGCCUACCAGGCUUCCCGGGGGCGCCCUGCGCCAUCAAAAUCAGCAAGAGUCCAGACGGCGCACACCUGACCUGGGAGCCGCCCUCGGUGACGUCGGGGAAGAUCAUCGAGUACUCGGUGUACUUGGCCAUUCAGAGCAACCAGACAGCGGAGGCCAAGGCCUCCACCCCGGCCCAGCUCGCCUUCAUGCGCGUGUACUGCGGGCCCAACCCCUCGUGCUUGGUUCAGUCGACCAGCCUCUCCAACGCUCACAUCGACUACACCACCAAGCCCGCCAUCAUCUUCCGCAUCGCCGCCCGCAACGAGAAGGGCUACGGUCCCGCCACCCAAGUCCGAUGGCUCCAAGAGUCCGGCAAAGAUGCAGCGUCCGCAAAACCGGCCCCCAAAAGACCCGGCACCUCUCCUGAUACUAAGACUACUGGUCCAAAGAAAGCAAGGACGGACCAGUGAGGUUGCCCAGAGACCCCUCCCAUUCUUUCGCCCCUUUUCCACUCGCUCUCCUUUUAUCAGGAAGACUGACCUUCACCUCCUCCUCCUCCACCACCUCUUCAUCCUCAUCCUAAACUCAUCCUCCACCUGCCCCCACGUCUCAGAUCCAGACGGCAAUGGAGGCAGAACAACCGUAUGAAGCCGAGAUGAAAGUCAAUCUGAGAGAUGUUUCUGUAGAUAAACCCUCCUGCUCCUCCUCCUCCUCCUCCUCGUUCUGUUGGUCGUACUAUUUUUAGAGCAACACAAACCUAGAAGCACAUUAUCUUUUUCAACCACAUACCCUCUCCAUCCUUUUAACAUCUAUUUUUGGCUUGUUUCAGUAGUCGGAACAUUAUAGAGAAGCAUUUACAUCUUUUCACAACCUGGGAACCAGCCUGAGCGCAAUGUUAUCUUUUUGUUUUUUUUUUUUCUUUCGUCUGUGUUAUGUGAAUGCUGGGGGGAAUGUAGAGAGAGACUACAUGAAUUGAUGUACAGUGUUGAGAAACGGCUGCGUAGGCAUGAGAUGAGAGGAAAAAUCAGUAUGGAAACAAAUAAAGCACUUGUCCUCCACAAGUGAGGACAUCUUUUUUUCUUUUUUUUUUUUUUUAACCCCCUCCAAAAACAAAUUUGCUUCAUCAACUACCAAGUCUGUACAGUCAUCGUAUUGGAUCCCAGUCUCCUGGUAAUGUCAUCACUGUGCACGCUUUUUACCCCACGACGAGGACUGGCGGCCGACGCUUCGACGUGAAUGAAAAAUAAAUAACCGGAGGAGAGAAACGGCAACGGAAGAGAUUUGUAGAGAAUGAAUGACGGACUUUGCUCGGACUGAGACUUGCAGCACACACGUUUAAAGAAAAAAAAAAAGAGAAAAAAAAAAUUCUUGCAAAAGCUUCCCAAAAAAUUAGCAAAAGCAAUGACGCAGAAGAACUUUUGUGUAGUUUAUUUUUGUAUUUUUUAAGCUGUUUCUUUUUUCUCCUGUGUGUAUGUUGCGUGCAUUUUUAAAAGGCAUCACUUUUUUUAACUGUUGUUCAUCCCCCCAUAGUUUGUGUUGGUGGGAAGAUGGGUGGCUGUGUUUGAGGUUGCCACUAUAUUUUUAAAAAAAGAAAAACGUUCAUUCAGUUGGUCGUAUGUUGUUAACAGACAGUAAUGAAAGCGAGAAAGACUUUUUGUAUUUGUUCCAAGUAGAACCGCAGAGGUUAUAGGACUGAAGGGAACUUUGAAGUGGACCCAGGGAGAGGAGAGUUUUUACUUUGUUUACUACUCAAUGCUUGUGUUGCUUCGUUUUGCCAAACGUGGAAUAUUUCACGGGGUAAUAGGAAAAAAAAAAAAAAACAACCUAACAUCAGCUCCUUUUUUUUUUCCUCCUCAUUCAGCAUCCCGAUCAGUUGUUGUACACUUUUUAUGCUCAUGAAUGUGGUGUCUCCCUUCUUCUUUAAUUUUUAGAAUGGCAAAUUAUAUUAGUAGACCUACCCCCCCCCCCCCCCCUCCCCUAUUGAUGUAUGUGAAACCAUUUAAUAAAUUUAAUUUGUUUUUCUUUUCACGGCUCUGUAUUUCAGACUACAGAUGGUGUGCAAGCUGAACUGUGACAUGUCGACCCGUGUGUCUCUGAAUGAGGGUGUCUGGGGAAGAAAGCUUACAUAGCCAGAGUGUACUCAACUUGUAAAUUAGUUCCUUCAUAGAGCAAGAAUAAAACAAAACAAAACAAAACAAAAAAAAAAGAACAUCUUGGCCUUUUAUAUAAUUA